AUGCUCCGUUUGGCCGCUGGGUUUAAAGCUGGUUUUCAGCUGCAAGUUGAUUUCCCUUGGCUUUUGCCUGGGAAAUUCGUGAACUCACCAGUUAGCUGGUCAGCUGGAGUCCAUGGACUUCCCGCGUUUUGGGACCCGACGGUUCGUCAGCUGGGGGCCGAGCUCUUCUGCUGCGGCUUGCCGGAGCACGACCAGAAGCUCACCGAGCUCCUGAGGGAGGACGUGUCCGGCACCGUGGUGCUCUUCCCCUCCGACCUCGCCCUGCCCGCCGCGGAGCUGGCGGCGCUUGGCGACACUGAACCCCGCGUGCGGCGCGUAGUGGUGCUGGACGGAGGCUGGGCGCAGUGCAAGAAGAUGAACCAGUGGCUGGACCCAGCCUUGCCCAGGUGCUUUGUCAAUGCCUCGCGCGAGGAGUUCGGGGGCACCCGGCGAUACCGGGGCAUAACGAACCGCGUGCAGACUGCCGGCGCAUUUGUGGCACUGAUGCGCGACCUGGAGGAGGAGCCGGAGACUGUGGCAGCCAUCUCGGAGAGCUUGGGUGCCUUCAUGGACAGCUUCGUCGCCCAGAUGCACGAGGGUCGCCUCAAGGCGGCGCACAACAAGCUCCCCGAGCUGAAGGCACGCACCACGUAUAAGGAGCCGGCAGUGGAAGGCAGUGGGAAUGGCUGCCUUGCCGGUGAGGGAGGAGGAGCGGUCUCUACCCCAGGUGGUGGCAGCAGCAUUGGCCAUCUCGACCAUCGCGCAGCCAUUCUCAUUCUUGGUGAUGGCGCGGGCCUCGAAGUGCUGUACUGGACGGUGGAGAACCCGUGGGCAGAGGACAGCCCAAGCUACUUGGACUUUUUUCUCCAUGGCAUCAGCUGGGUGUUGAUGCUGAUUAGCUUCUUGUCUAGUCGUAUCCCGCUCUCCUGCCACCAUGGAGGUUGGCUAAUUGCUUUCGGAGUUGCAUGUGUUGUAUGGACCUAUUUCCACUUCGCCCUCAGGCUUGGCAUUCCGGGCGGGUGCGCGACCUAUGUGCAGCCCGACUGCCCGCUAUACUCCGUCCUGGACUGGCACAAGCCGCAGGUGGCUUCAACCACCAGUUUCCUGUUUUUAUCUGUGGCUUGUCCCUUGGCGAUAGUGCUGUAUGCCAUGCUGGCGCGUCUGCGGGACGCCUGCGACAACCAGCUGGAUUUGAGGGAGAUGGACGAUGUCGUCAGGCGCCAAAUGGAAGCCCUGCAGGCAAGGGAGCGCGAGCUGUUGAAAGCAGCCAUCGAGGAGGAGGAGCAAGGUUAUUGCUUCUGUCGCUGCCGGUGA